AUGUGUGUAAUGAGAAUAAACGUUUGGUUUCAUAUAAUAAUAAUGAUUAAUAUAAUGAUGGUGUUACCGGUGAGCCUGAGGAGACUCGACGAAGCUUUCUUCUUACAGAGUGUUAGCCGGGCUCGCUGCUCCUCGCGCUGCCUCAGCCUGCACCUCACGCGCCCUUCAUCCUCCAAACGCUCUCAGUGUCUGGAACCCUGCAAAGCAUCAUGGGAUCUCAGAGAAAAUAAGUGUCAGGAUUUAUGUAAGACUCUUUACCCUAAUAAACACGCCGAGUGCUCGGUGAGCUGCGAGUUCUUCCUCUCGGCGGAUACGGUGAAGCAGGGGACGUGUCCUGCUCCAGAUCGUGCCAGCGGUUUCGCUGCUGCCUGCGUGAACAGCUGUGAGAGCGACGCCCACUGCUCCUUAAACAACAAGUGCUGCUCGAACGGCUGUGGGCGAACCUGCCAAACUCCAAGAAAUGUUUAUAAAGGAGUUCCUUUGAAGCCCAGAAGUGACCUGAUGUUUGUGGAAUUCCCCCCGAGACAGUUAGAAAUCCGCUGGUCCUCAAAAUUUAAUAUUUCGCUUGAGCCGGUGGUUUACGUUGUACAGCAGCGCUGGAACUACGGCAUCCAUCCCAGUGAAGACGAUGCGACCCCAUGGCAGGACGUGGCACAGGUCACUGAGGAGCGGGUACAGUUGGUGGGUAUCAGACCCGGUAGGUGGUACCAGUUCCGUGUUGCAGCUGUGAACAUACACGGCACUCGAGGAUUCACUGCACCGAGUAAACACUUCCGAUCUUCUACAGAUCCGUCUCCUCCUCCACGUCCAUCGGGUCUGAAGGUGUCCAACAUGACCACAGAUCCUGACGGUCUGGUGACGGCUCGUUUAGACUGGACGCUUCCUGAGGAGCCCGACGUCCCUGUGCAUCACUAUAAAAUCAUCUGGAGCUGGAACGGUCCGGCCAGAUCCGUCCCAACUCUCCAAAAGAAACGGAGGAAGAGCGUCGAGGGGGUGAGGAACUGGGUGGAUCUGGAAGGUCUGAUGGUGAACAGUACUUACACAGUGGAACUACAGGCCAUAUCGUACUGGGGUCAAACACGCCUGAAAAGCUCCAAAACGUCUCUACAGUUCAACACAACUCAUCCCAAUCUGAUGAGGUUCAGGAAGAAGGAGGAAGUUUCUGUACCAGAGAAGAAACCGAACAGCUUAGUGGAGGUUGGAACUCCGUAUUACCUGGACGGGCGGCUACACGUCCAUGUUACCUGGACAGAAGCUAAAGACAUGGCGAGUCGUUACUACGUCCAGUGGAGCCCUGAACACUGCAACCAUAACCAGACCAAAACACCAGAGAAAUCCACCACUCAGGAGAAGCACAUAAACCUGGCCGUGCUGCUCUUCUCCUGUAGAUACAGACUGAUGGUUCAUCAAGUGAAAGCUAAGAAACAUUCUGAAGUCGGCACCACCACCUUCAUCACUCCGUCCUGCUCUAGCGUCCACAGUACAUCUCACCGAUCCUCCGGGGUCUGCCCCCCACAUACAGGAGCUCUGAAGGUUUUAUCUAAGGUGGAGAAUCUGACGGCGUCCUUCAGCGCUACCGCUCGAAACAUCACCGGAAAGUUCUCAUGGCUAAUCUCCCAACAUCAUCAGCCAAUCAUAGGCUUCCAGGUCACAUGGGCAGACAUCACAGCAUCCAAUCAGCAGAUCAACCUUCCAAACAGCAUCAUAUCCCAGUCUCAGAUCCUUCCUCCUAAUCAUAACUUUUUGACCUUGAGGAACCUCAGAUCUAGUUCCUGGUACAGAGUAGAGGUGAAGGUGAUCACUACACAUGGAGAAGGACCUGCUGCCAUCAAGAUGUUCCUCACACCCGGUGACACCUCAUCCAUCCAGCACAGACCCAAACUACAUCAUCAACAUCCAGAACAUCAGAGACACUCAGCAGAACAUCACUGAUACCAGAACAUCUCAUCCUGCACAGCAUCUCCAGCAACUGGUUCUGCACUUCUUCUCCAGUCAGAACAGCAGAAUCUGAACUGGUUCCAGUAAAACUGCAUCUGUUUGGGUUUGAUGUGGAAGUUUGGGGCUGAGUGUGCUUCUGACUGGACUGUUUUUAUAUUCUGGACUGGUCACUCUUGGCUCUGAGUGGUUUCUGUGUGUACUUUACUGGUUUCUUACUGGUAAAGUUGCUUCUAGGCCAUAUUGGUUCUGCUGUGUAUCCCAGCAGUGGACUGGUCCUGCUAGUGCUGUAGUAAACAGUACGUUUUAUUAUGGUUUAGUUCCACACUAUGUAGCGGACAGGAUGUGUGUGUGUGUGUGUGUGUGUGUGUGUGUGUGUGUGUGUGUGUGUGUGUGUGUGUGUGUGACUGUUCUAGCAUUAGCAGAAAUCUCUGGAUAUGAGGGAAAAGUGAAGAACGCUGGAGCUGAACGCUCUGCCAUCAGAAAGGAUCAGACACGUACAACAGUGCAGCCAGACACAUCAGAGAGAACUGAAGCAAACACAGGUGUUUGAUGGAACAGUUGAUCAGAACACAAGGUUUAUCCACCAGGUCCUCGUGUGUUUGAUCUUUUACGUUAAACAUGAAUGUAAAUAAAAUAUCUGCACUGUUUAAUACAGAGCUGUGCUAACAGAGGAAAUCAAACUCCUAUCAUUUAUCUGUACAUCGAUAUAAACACCGCUCAGUAUUAGUAACGGUAUGUAGCUGCACCCAUCAGUAACAGCAUGUAGG